UCGACGUUCGAUGAAGCUUGGACGACGACCAGGCCGUUGGGGCACGACCCUCCUCCGGGCUUUUUCGGCCCAUCGCAAACUCCGGUCACUCCCGCACCUAACUUCCAAGGUGUAGGAGUGACGACGGUGAUUCCCGGAGGAGAUGCCAGCUCCGGUCAGGCCCAGGAGGCUCGUGUAGCAGCGGCAGCGGCGAUGCCACCACCACCAGAUCCAACACAAGGGCAGAGAGGAGUGCUGGCGCAAGGAGGAGUGCCACCACAGGCAGCCAUACAAGCCCCCGACCAACAAAUGGUGGCAAUGACCCGAGAGGAGAUGCAAAGGAUAGCGGCGGCCGCGGCAGCGCAGGCGGUGCAGCAAGUGGCGAGUCAUACAUCUCAUGCCACCACCGCGCCGACCACGGUGGCCGGAAGCCAGGAUGAGAAUGUGUCUAGCUAUGGAGAAGGAGGAGCUGGAAGAGAUCGGGCAAUCGAGAGGAUGGCGGAGCAGUUGCGCCAGCUGCAAGACAAGGUGGAGGGGAGGCCAGAGAGGAGAGCUCGAGGACAUCCCUUUUCAAGGGAGAUUCUCGCUGCUCCUUUGCCAAACAAUUUUAAGGAGACCAACUUGGUGAAUGACGGGUCAUCUGACCCAUCGAGGCAUGUGAGGACCUUUGAAAAUAUGGCUGUGUUGCAUGGGUACUCUGAUUCCGUUUGUUGCAGGGCAUUUUUAUCGACCCUGCGUGGAGGAAAACUCAAUUGGUUUCAUCAACUUCCACCUGGGUUGAUCGCGAGCUUUGAGGACCUUACUGGCAAGCUUAUCAAUCAAUAUUCGAGCGCGGUGGUGCAGGAGAAAACGUAUUUGACUUUGAUGGCGAUGAGGCAGGGGGAGAAGGAAUCAUUAAGGAAGUACGUUGCUCGAUAUAACCAAACAUGUUUAGAGGUGCACUCGGCUUCGGACGAGGUGAAGGCAGGUGGAUUGAUACGGAGUCUUCGAGCACGGCCUUGGAGGGCAUGGAGGAGAGGCCCGAUGAAGAGAGGAACGAUUUACAUGAUUUCCGGUGGGCCAACUGAUGGUGACUCAAAUAGGGCCAGGAAGGAGCACGCUCGAGCGGUGAAGAGGAAGAGAGAGGAGGUGGGGAUUACUGCCCGCAUGCCGGUGAUAAGUUUUAAGGCGGAGGAUGCCGAGGGGGUGGUCCUGCCGCACAACGAUGCCUUGGUGAUAACCGCGGAGGUAGCAGGCUUCGAUAUGAAGAGGGUGUUCAUUGACACCGGGAGUUCGGUAGAUGUGGUGUUCUAUGACUGUUUUGUGCAGAUUAACAAGGAGUUGAAUGCGGAGUUGAAACCGGUGACCACGGCACUCUAUGGCUUUAAUGGGGGAGAGGUGAUGCCGAUGGGCGAGGUGAGUUUGCCGGUGGCGCUGGGAGUGGGCGAACUGAGGAAGGUGCGCAUGGUAAGGUUUGUGGUCGUAGGAGCUGAAUCAUCUUAUAACAUAAUUAUGGGGCGGACGAGCUUGAACGCGUUCCAGGCGAUCGUAUCCACGUACCACAUGACGAUUAAAUAUCCGGUGGGCGAAAACGUAGGGGAGAUCGCUGGGGACCAGCUCACCUCGAGGAGCUGCUACCAAACUACG